GAAAAAAGGAAAAAAGACUUCGGGUCCCAUGCACUUUUCAACUAAUGAAACGAUUGCAUUGAAUGUCUUGGGAGAUUUAGAGCCUGCGAUAUUUAACGAAUGUAAAGAAAAAAUGAGACCAGUUAAGAAAGCCCUAAAAGCCUUGGACAAUCCCGACGAGUCCCUUUCUACUUCCGAAAGAGUGCAGCAUACAAGAGAUUGCCUUUUGCAAAUUGGAGAACAGAUCAAUACGUGCCUAAGCCAGUUCACUGAUCCCGAGAAAACUAAGGAGUGGAGAAGUAAUUUGUGGUAUUUUGUCUCAAAGUUCACAGAAUACGAUGCCAGGAAGUUGUAUAAGUUAUACAAAAAGGCUUGCAAAAAGUCUGAAAAGUCUGAGAAAGCUGAGAAGAAGGGAAAAAAAGAAAGACAUGAUGGUCCUUCCACAAGUAAGGACAAGAUAAAAAGCCAGUCAGCAGAAGCAAAGGAACACAAAAGGAAACAUGAAAGUGACGCCGAAAAAGAUGAUACGAGUGUUUCUAAGAAGCAUCAAUCUGAUAAGUAAG